UGUUGCGUGCGUUGCCCUUGCCGUUGUAAAUUGUAAUAAUUUGUGUACUGCUGAUUGUGACUUGUAACGAUAAAAUAAGAAAUUACUGUUAAUUAAUUUUGUGUCUUAUAUAAAUUAAAUUUUUAAAAGGUUACAGGCCGGAUUUUAGUUACAAUUCAUUGAUAUAAUAUAUAUUAUGUGUGUAUGUUAAACCGUCGCAUAACUUCGAUUAAUUAUAAUUAGCAAGUAAUCUGACGACGCAAUCAUGGCUUUCGCAGGGCUCAAAAAACAGAUAAACAAAGCUAAUCAGUAUGUCACAGAAAAAAUGGGUGGUGCUGAAGGCACAAAAUUGGAUUUGGAUUUUAUGGAAAUGGAGAGAAAAACUGACGUAACAUGUGAACUAGUGGAGGAGUUACAGACGAAAACCAAAGAGUUCCUUCAGCCAAACCCAACGGCGCGUGCCAAGAUGGCUGCCGUUAAGGGUAUUAGCAAACUGAGCGGACAAGCCAAGAGCAACACCUAUCCGCAGCCUGAAGGUGUAUUAGGUGACUGUAUGCUCAUGUAUGGCAAAAAGCUGGGGGAGGACACCAUAUUUUCACAAUGCCUGAUUGAGAUGGGCGAGGCGCUCAAACAGAUGGCGGACGUGAAGUACUCACUCGACGACAACAUCAAACAGAGCUUCCUCGAGCCAUUGCACCACUUGCAGACCAAAGACCUUAAGGAAGUCAUGCAUCACCGGAAGAAAUUGCAAGGACGAAGGCUAGAUUUUGACUGCAAACGACGAAGACAAGCCAAAGGUGUCAGGAUAGGCCCUUACGCAAGUCCGAGUCAUGGAAGAGGGGACGAUGAAAUCCGUCAGGCUGAGGAGAAGUUUGCAGAGUCCCUUACGCUCGCACAGAUCGGAAUGUUCAACUUACUUGACAAUGACGUGGAACAAGUAGCGCAGCUGGCGUUUUUCGCGGAGGGUCUGUUGGAGUACCACCAGCAAUGCACUGAGAUUCUGAAGGGCUUGGUUUCCACUCUCAUGGAGAAGAAAGAGGAAGCGGUGAGCCGCCCGAAGCUGGAGUUCGUGCCGAAGACGCUCGCCGACCUGCACAUCGAGGGCAUACACGAGCUGAACCACGGUAAACGCUACGGCUCCGCGCAGAGCCUCUCGCGCCCCGCCCCCGCGCCCGCGCCCGCCCCCCUCACCUCCUCCCUCGCGGACCUGUCCGCGCUGGACCGCGCCUGGGACUCCCCCCGCAACCCGAACGAAUCCCCCCGCGACCACACGCCCCGCCCCCCGCAGAGCCUGUACCCCCGCGCCCCCCACGCCCCGCACCCCCGCGCCGCGUUCAAGCCGCACCCCGCGCCGAGGACGAACGGACGCGACCCGUGGACAGCGUCCCCGCUGCCGUCGCCCGUGAAGUCGCCCGCGCGGACGCCGAGCGUGCAGCAGAAGCCGUGCUGUACGGCGCUGUACGACUUCGACCCGGAGAACCAGGGCGAGCUGGGAUUCAAGGAAAACGAUAUCAUAACGCUGAUCAACAAGGUGGACGACAACUGGUUCGAAGGCAGUCUGAACGGCAAGACGGGCUACUUCCCCAUCAGCUACGUGCAGGUGAACGUGCCCCUUCCCAACAUGUAAACUCACAAGCUUCACGUUGCAACACACACCAUUCCGCUAUAGUACUUACACGACCUGUGUGGGUGUACCUUCAAUGCAAAUAAAAUAUAAUACAACAGGCUACAAAAAGUUCUCAAAUUACGUGCAUCUGCCAAUCCCACACGCAUCGUGCACGCACUAUAGCCGUAAAUUAUAAUAUCACUAUUAUUGGCUUUUACACUAAUAAUAAAUUGUAUUCGGUAUAUUGUAAUUUAUGUUGUUCCCGAAUAUGUAGCGAGUAUAAGUACAAUAACACGUUUGUAGCGAUAUGAAAUGUAUGUGAAAUGGCAUUAUACCAAAGAAUUUCGUUUUUAAAAUAUGUUAUCCGUAAACUAAUGUCAGGACGUUUUUUGAUUAGUCUGCUAUGAAUAAAUACAAAUAGUUAUUUCAGUUAUGUAAAAAAAUAUGAAUGGCUGUGUUGCAAUACUCAAAUUUCAUGUCUCAGUAUUAUAUUACAUUAGACGAUUAAUUAUUUCAAAUAAAUUGUGUCAAAAGCUCAAUGGUUUAAAUGAGAAUUGUGUUUUCAUCGUGAUACUAUUUUGGGUCCGGUCUUCCAUUUUGUUUACAUCCAUAUUUUCAAUGCAUUUUGUGCGAGCUGGUAAACAUUUAUGCCAAACCCAACGAACUUUGUUUUCAACUUUUAACUUGACCGAGCUUAAAUUUAAUUUAUAUUUUACGUUGAAUUUAAGCUCUGAAAGUUAAAAAAUGUUAUAUUUUUUGUAAAUUUAGUUUUAGUUUAAAUUAUCAGUAAGUUAUCUUAUAGAUUAGUAUAUUGUAAAAUAAUCGAUUUAUUUUCUUUGUUAUGUUAAUGGACAUGGAAUAAAAAAUGCAUAAUAUUUCUCUGUUUAGUUUCUUAAUUAAAGAUUCAGAGUAUUUAAAUUAUUUCCAUUCCAAAACGUAUAUUAUAACAAGGAACCUGUUUUUUUUAGGCUUAUACAAUAACAAGGCAACUUUUGUAGAUAUUGCUUCGGCUCUUUAUGAUAUUUUAUGUAUGAUUUCCAUAAGUGAUAUUUUUGUUUAGUUUAGAAAAUAAUAUUUGAAAAAAAAAAUAGUAUUCCAUAUAUACAUAGUUUUAAUUUGGUAACAGACUUCUCUCCAUUUAAUAUAGAUGUCACGUAUUAGUAUUGUAUACUAGGUUUGAGAUUAGACAUAGUUAUAUCUUGCGGGUAACAGAGAUAACUGAUAAUUUAUCAGAGUGGAGAAUGUAUACAAUGUAUGUUAUACACAAAGCAUUAUGGGGACGUAAGAGUUGUUGAAUCUUGCCAAAUGUUUGUGGCUACUUGGUGUUUGAUGUAUUAUGGCAAAUUAUAUUAUUAUGACAUGAAGUUAUUGUGAUAAUAUUAGUAAUCAUGCAUUUUACGCUGUGUCGUGUACGGUCAAUUUUUUUAACGUCUAUUACCUACAGUUUUUAUUUCAUGACAUAAAUAUAUUUAAAUUAUUGUAAAUCAUAUAUACAGAAGAUUUUUAAUUUUACUUAUUAGAAAUCUGUUUAGAAAUCCAUAUGUGGCCUCUAUUUAAUAGUUGUUGAAUAUACUUUAUGCAUGCACGUUAAAGUAAGAUACAAAUCAAGUUUCACGACAUUUAUUGAUGUUAAAGUAAUGUUAAACGUACUCGUAUUUGUAUUUCAUUCAUUGAGCUCAUUUCAUUCGUACAUAAUAUUGACCCCAUUGAUCAUGUUUCUGGCAUAUAAAAGACAAUACCUAGAUCUAAUGUUAGGUGUAUGUAAGUUCAUAUAAAUGAUAAUCGUUCUAUCUUCAAGUGUCUAUUAUUAUAAGUAUUUUGAGCAAAUAAUAAAUUACUAUUGGUGUUAAAAUAUGUAAUGUUUCGAUGUAAUAUGACGACGGGUCUCAGCACAUUUACACUUGCCCGUCUUCAAUGUGUCUUUCAAUGUUUCUUCUUGUGAAAUAUGAACGCUCAUAUCGUUGAUCCUUCCACGAAGUGGGUUUAUUGUUGUUAUGUAUUUAUUAUAUUACCCUAACGUAACUCUUAAAAUCAAACUUCUUUGAAUAGUAUGAUUGUAUGUUUAAUGUUACCGAAAUCCGAAAUGAACUGGGUGUCUAAAGUGAACGAAUAGAACCAUUAAAAACUGGAUGUACUGUAUAGUGUCUAUGGUGUUAUGCUAACACUACAUUCAUAAACUCAACGGUGCGAGUAAAUAUAUGUUUCGUAAAUGUAUUCUUGUUCAUGUUACUGUAAUCUUAAAAAUCUAUGUACUGUAAUUGAUAGAUAAACUUGACAAUUUAUGAGAUAUUUGUUUAUAUUAAAAAAAUAUCCUGAACUUAUUGCUCGUUUCGCCUCCUAAUAAAAUGUUAACAAUUAC